CAUAAAGAGUGUGGGACAGGGAGACUGGGCAGCACACACACACAGAGAGAGAGAGAGAGAGAGAAGCUGGAGUGGAAAAAAGGCAAGGUAGGACGACAUUAAUACAGGACGAGAGAUGGUGAACUCUGGAGGAAGCGUUCCUGUCUGGGUCUUUCUGGCCAGCCUUUGUGUGGCACUUUGUGUAGGAGCUGCAUUAAAGUCGGAUGUGGUGUUGGAGAACAGUGCUACCACACUGAACCAUUCAAUGGUGCUGGUGCAGCGCAUGGAGGCCCUGCUGACCCAGGGAAACGGCAGCGACGUGAUCCUGCGUGUUCAGACCUUAAACACAGACGAGGUGAAGCUCAUCCAUGUUCACUCGCUGGUGUUGACUCUACAGAGCGACGUGUUUGAUGAGCUCCUACAGACUCGUAACUCCACUGCGAUGGUCCUCAGAGAGUCACCGGACUGUGCAGCUGUCUUUGACAAGUUCAUUAGGUACUUAUAUUGUGGUGACAUCACAGUGCAUCAGAACCAGGCCAUUCCUCUACACAAGCUCGCCAGCAAGUACCACGUGUGGGACCUCCAGCAGGGCCUUACCCAAUACAUGACCCAGCACCUGUCCAGCGACUCGCUCACGGGUCAUGUGGUGAGCUGGUACCAAUACUCCAUGCAGAUUGGGGAUGUUACCCUGCAGAACAGCUGCCUGCAGUACCUGUCCUGGAACCUGUCAUCGGUUCUACACAGCACUGAAUGGAGCUCAGUGAGUGAAGAACUGCUGCUUGCUUUGCUACAGCGUUCAGACCUGGUUCUGCAGAGUGAACUGGAGCUGUACGAAGCUCUGGAAGCCUGGAUCAACCAGAACCAGCCCUCAGUUGAGAUGGCCAAGAACGCACUUAAAGCAAUACGUUACGCCAUGAUAUCACCUCAACACUUGUUCCACCUACAGAAGAAGUCAUCUGUGAUGCUGAAAUAUUACGAAUCGGUACGCGAUCUGCUCUUCCUAGCCUUCCAGUUCCACGCAGCCUCACCCAUCCAGCUCGCAAAGUACUUUGAUGUAAACUGCAGCCUCUUUAUGCCACGUAACUACCUGUCACAAGCAUGGGGCUCCCCAUGGGUGAUCAACAACCCAACCCGGGACGACCGCAGCUUCAGUUUUCAGACUCAGCUUGGACCGAGUGGCCACGAUGCCAGCAAACGUGUGACCUGGAAUGCUCUUUUCUCACCCCGCUGGCUUUCUCUAAGUGUGCGAUCUGCUUAUCCAGAGCAGGGAUCCAUGCAGCCCUCUCGUACCGAUGGAGGACGUCCGCGGAUCAUCGUCACACCGGCCACCUCAAGCCCAGACUUUGCUGGCGUCAGCUUUCAAAAGACUGUCAUCGUUUCAGCCCGGAAGCAUGGGAAGGUGGUGGUCCGUCAUGUCUACAACUUUCACCAGAGUACAGAGGAGGCGGGAGACUUCCUGUUGGAAGCGGACCUGCAGCGUAGAGCAUCCGAGUACCUCAUUGACAGCUCGCUUUACCUGCACAUUAUUGUGAAGCCCCUAUAUCACAGCCUCAUAGUAGGGAAAAAGUAAGAGUCUUGUUCCUCUAAUCAGUGAUUUCUGAUGCAAGUUCUACAUGUCCAAAUUUAUUUACAUGUAUGUAUUUGGCAGAUGCUUUUAUUCAAAGCAAUUUAAGUUGCAUUCAAGGUACAGAUUUACAUUUUGAUUUUACACUCAUUUGGACUCACUUUUGAUUAGCACAAAAUGAAAUAAAAAGUGAAGCUACUUUCAUAGAUUUUCCUGUUGCAUUCUGGUGUGCAAUACCUAUUUUUCUCCAUUCAGUCAAUCCCCAACGGAUAAAAUCAAAGUCCGUCCUACUCUUUCUAAUUUUACAUCUUAAAAUAAGAGAUUUAAGAGGUAAAAUGAGUUGUGAAUGGUUACUUCCGUAACCAGUUUUUACUAUACUGCAUGAAAGCUCAACCUAAUUUAUUUGUACUUGGAAAUCACCAUAGUCACAUUUGUAAUAUUGCUAUGUUUGACUUCAAAGUGUAAUCCCUUAAAUUGUAUGGUGAGCAUGCUGAAUGCUUUCAUAAAAAGAAAUAAUAAUAAUAAUAAUAAAUUGCAUUGAUUUUUUUUUGCGCACUUGUGUUAUAUUGCAAUUCAUGUUAAAUUUAAAUAAAAUCACAAUUUAUAAACCCACA